GAGCCAUGGAGGGCGGUAGCAGUUCUGUGUACAUGUGUUUCCCCUGCUACCAGGAGUUCCCCACGCUAGAGGAGGUGCUAGCCCACCAGGUCAACUGCAGCGUAGAGGCACCCGCACAGUCAAACCAGCAGCAUCUAGAUGCCGCGCCCCCACCUGAGCCCCCGGACGGCGCAGGAGACCCCGUAGCGGGUCAUGAGCACGUGGAGGGUUCGGUGCUCAGCCCCAGUGGUGUCGGGGCAGGGCCGGGCGGAGGAGGAGGCAGCGAUGGUGAUGGCGACGCGCCGCGCAUCCUGUACCAGUGUGGCGACUGCGAGGUGCUCUUCGACUCCCUCAGUCUGUGGCAGUACCACCGCAAACAAGGAGGCUGCCAACAACAGGAGCAACAGGACGACACACAAACACAAACACACGCGGAGGAACACAAACUCACUCCCAUCCUCGACCAUAAACAGGAGCAGGUGGAGACUCCAACAGACGCGCACGUACAAAUGGACAACGCUCAGGGGCCCACGGAGAAGGAGCAUUCCCGGGACACGGCCCAGACUGAAGGGACCAAUGAAGGAGCGGUGGAUUUGCCCAACAGCCAGGAGCAGCCAAUCAGCAGUGGUGAUGCAUCAAUGGUGGCGGUGGCAGUGGAGCCCCCUGGUGACGUGGAGGAGGAGGAGGUGGAGGAGGUGCGUGUGCGUAAGAGGCCAGUGAAGAAGGCGAGGCUUCCGUCCAGCCUGCUGUGUCUGGAGUGCGGCGCCGGAUUCUCUGCCAUCGCCGAGCUCGUCCAACACCGACGCAAGCAGCACAGCAUGGACGAAGCCAUGCACGUCUGCCAGGUGUGUGGAGAGGGCUUCUUGAACACCACUCUGUUCCUGUACCACCGCAAGCAGCACCCCCAGCCUCACCCAGCACAACAUCCUGGCACAGGCUGGCCAAUCUCUGGGCAGGGUCUGCCGGGGCAUGUGCAGGUGGUGAUGGAGGAUGAGUCUCAUCACGGCCAGGGCCUUCUCUUAUUGGCUGCUGCCGGAGAGGGCCAGAGCCUGGGAUUGGUCCAGGGAUUGGUCCAGGCCUCAGCAGUUUCCCCGCAUCCCGAUGGGGAACUGGUGUACAUGGAGGAGGAAGCCCCGCACACUAUGGAGCAUCCCGGCGAAUCACAAGUGGUGUACAUGGAUGCGGAAACUGUAACCACCAAUGAGGAGCAGACCACAUCAGAGACUGUGUACAUGGAGACUGAGACCACUCCCAUUGGAGAAGAAGAGGCACACGGACACAUCGACACACAGACCAAUCAGCUGUCAGACGUAGUGAAGAGAGAGGAGCCUGAGAGGAGAGAGGAGGAGGAGGAGGAUGGUGGGACAAAUAGGAAGACGGGAGGAGAACAGAAGGAGAGAGAGGAAGGAGAGGAGCCUGAGAGGAGAGAGGAGGAGGGCGAGGAGGAGGGUGGGACGAAGAGGAAAACAGGAGGAGAACAGAAGGAGGCAGAGAAAGGAGAGGAGCCAGAGAGGAGGGAGGAGGAGGAGGAGGAGGAGGAGGAUGGGACGAAGAGGAAGACGGGAGCAGAACAGAAGGAGGGAGAAGAGCUUGAGAGCAGAGGAGGAGAGGAGGCAGAGGAAGAGGAGGGUGGGAGGAAGAGAGAUGGAGAGGCGAAGGAGGGAGAGAAGGAUGAAGAGAAGGGGAGGAUAAUGGAGGAGGAGGAGGAGGAGAGUGAUGGUGAUGAUAGUGAUGAUGAAGAUGAGAGCACGGCACGUCGGUUCCUGUGUGUGUCGUGCGGUUCCUCUUUCCUCAGCCAGGAGGCGCUGCAGAGUCACGUCACCACUCGCCAUGGACGCAGCAGCAAGGGGUCACGCGGGGCGCUGAAGAAGUGUGAGGAGUGUGGUCAGGAGUUCAUCAACAUGACGCAGUACCUCUACCAUCGCAAGGAGCACCGCAACGCCAACACACUCGUGCACACACUCACACACACCCCUGCUAAUGCUGCCCAGCACAUAACAGUGGAGUCGUCCUGUUCGCAGAUGAAUGUUGAUCUCCCAGAAGAAGUCUCUGCUGCUGUGCAGAUGAUUUCCCCGGUCACUGGUCUGAUACAGCCCAUCAUGAUACAGUCUGCUGACGCGCUAUUGGCCAGCACAGAGCCCAUCCCACCUCCCCCGGCCCAGCUGUCGCGCGAUUGGUCCAGAGCAUCGUUACCUCACCGCUGUCCUCACUGUGGACGCUCGUUUACCAGGAGAGCGCUCCUGAGAGACCACGUUGCCAGUCACAUAGGACAGAAGCUGUUCAGAUGCCACAGCUGCCCCAAGUCCUUCUCCAGUCCCGCCAACCUGCUGCGCCACAGCCGUACGCACGCGGGCACUCACUCGCUCAGCAGCCGCGUGUACUCGCACGCCCCGCACCGCUGCGACGUAUGCGGCAAAGAGUUUGUCAUCGGAGCGGCACUGAAGCGGCACCUGCUCACGCACUCGCAGCCGCGCUCGCAACACCGCUGCAUGAUCUGCGCCAAAGACUUUGCCGCCGCAGCGACACUGAAGAGGCACCUGCUCAAACACUCGCGGCCGAGCGUCUUCCGAUGCCGGCGCACGCCACACGGGCCACAGGAGGAGGAGGAGGAGGCGGAGGGGGAGGGGCUAGAGGAGGGCGGGCCGCACGUCUGCCCUGACUGCCCCUCUGCUUUCAAACUGCAGUCACAGCUGGAGAGACACAGGUUGCUGCACAACAGCCACCCGUUCCACUGUGAGGUGUGUGGAGACGCCUUCAAACGGAGGAAUGACCUGGAACUACACUCCCUCACACACCAAGAGCCGCGCUCGUGUCCCCACUGCAUGCUGCAGUUCAUCAACCAGGCCGUGCUCCAGAUCCACCUGCAGCGUUGCCCCAGCAACCCCGAGUACAUCAACGAGGUGGCCAACGCCGCAGGAGAGGGACGCGGUAGGGGGAGGGGCCAGGGGCGGGGCAAAGCCGGCGGCCAGCUGGAGUGUGAGAUGUGCGGACACCGCUGCCUAACACAGGACGGUCUGGACCUGCAUCGUCUCUCCCAUACGGGCCAGACGCCUCUCCGCUGCCCGCUGCAGCCGUGCAAGAGGAAGUUCGCCAACAGCGCGGCCCUGGGAGAGCACCUGUUGCAGCACUGCCAGGGGUUGCCGGGGAAACAGCGAGCGCCCUCGCGCUACCGAUGCCAACACUGCGCCAAGGAGUUUGCCUACGCGUCCACCUUCGCCGUGCACUUGCGCAUACACACUGACGAGAGGCCCUUCGAGUGUCCUACAUGUGGUAAGCGUUUCCGGCAGCUUCCCCACCUCCAGGACCAUGAGCGUAUCCACAGCGGUCUGCGUCCAUUCGCCUGCUGGGUGUGCGGCAAGACGUUCAGCGUGGCGUCGCGGCUGACGGAACAUGCCCGCGUCCACAGCGGCGAGAAGCCCUACGCCUGCCCCCGCUGCCCCGUCGCCUUCCGCUCCCGCGCCAACCUCGACAAGCACAUGCACUGCCACGCCGGAGAGCCGCCCGUGCCCAAGGACGCCGGCAGAGGGGAGGGGGACCAGGCCGUACAGACCAUCCUAUUGGUGCACCAGGCGUCCACAGACGACCACCAUGAUGGGUCCGGCAGUGCCAUCCUGCUCCCCGCUGACCAGGCCUCCUCUUCAGGCAUGCUGCUGCCCGGCUCCCCCUCCUCCUCCUCCAUGGUCAUCCUGCACCCCACCAUCACCAUGCCCGCCUCCGCAGCCGCCGCGGCUCUGCCAAACAUGUCCGUGGUGGAGGGACAGGAAGUGCCGCACACCAUCGAGUUUAUUAUCGAGGAGACGGUAUAGCGAACCAGGGAGUUUCAGAGGGAAGAUACCGCGCACUCUUGUCCGAUGCUGCAAUUUAGUGGUUUAGGCGUUAGCGUGAUUGGGGUUUUUGCCACAUGGUUUGGAAUAAUCUAGAUUUUAAUGCUGCAAUGACAUUUUGAGGGGAAAAAAAACUCCCUCCCCCGGACUGAAACGCUGUGUAUUAAAAACAGUGAAAUGGUCAGUGUGCAGGAGUUUUUUCGGAAUUGUCUGCUGAGUGAUCCAUGGGCCAUCUCCGACGCACCUGCCAGCUUAGGGGUAUGAAAAAAGACAAGUUAAAUGCUUCGAUGAAAAGAAAUGGUCAGAUGCGGUAUUGUGUGUGUGUGUGUGUGUGUGUGUGUGUGUGUGUGUGUGUGUGUGUGUGUGUGUGUGUGGCCAGCUCAGGGCUUAUGGUGUACAUAAUAGCAUGUACACUUCUCUACUCUGGUGCCUCUUUUACUUUCCCCAUGUCAAUAUGUAAUUAUGAUUUAACUGGAGCUGAAAUCUACUUGCGUUACUGUUCAAUAAACCAAACACAGCUCAA